AAUCCGUAAUUCGCUCGUUGGCGUAUCCCGCGAGAUGAUGAUGGAGGAUGUGGAGCAGUUCGCAAGGGAACAUAACUUACACGAAAUCUUGCCCUUGCUGCGUAAGGGCGCUCUGGCUGCACAGAACCCUGCUGCAGUCGACUCUUUGCAAGAAUUUGACGACGAACAUAGAGAUACUUUGCGUCGGGAGUUCACCCAUCGCUGGGAUCAAACUGGCUCAAACGGCGCCAAUCUAUACGCUGCCUGGAUCUCCGAUCCUUUUAAUUACAUGUUUGGACGAUGCGUUACUAUCUUCAUUGCCGCGGUCUUCUCUCUCCUUGCACCUGUUGGUAUGGCUUUGACACAGAACUGGCAGCAGCUAAUCGUCACACGCCUCCUCCUGGGUGUUGGUAUGGAUCUCAAGGAGGUGACUGUUCCUGUGUUCUCCGCCGAAAUCGCUCAAACCAUUAUCCGUGGAGGGCUGGUGAUGUCGUCGCAGGUUUGGACAGCCUUCGGAAUCCUUCUGGGCACCUCAGCCAACCUGGCUGUCAAGGACACUGGUGCCAUUUCGUGGAGACUGUGGCUUAUGUCUAAAGGAAGAUUUAUGGGUGCCUACAAGUCCCUUUGUCGAUUCAGAGGAUCUAAUCUGCUGGCUGCGCGUGAGACCUAUUUUAUCCAUGCACACAUGCAAUAUGAAAAGCUCGUCAUUGAGCAAAGCGGUGUUGCUGUUCACGCUAAUUUCUUCACACGUGUUACCGAGCUCUUCACUAUCCCUCGACUUAGGAGAGCUACACAAGCGUCUGGUAUUGUGAUGAUCGGACAGCAGAUGUGUGGCAUAAACAUUAUCGCAUUCUACUCUUCCACCAUCUUUGCAAACGCAGGAGCUUCGGUCACUGGCGCUCUUCUUGCACCAUGGGGCUUCAGAUUGAUUAACUUCAUCUUCGCCUGGCCGGCGAUCUGGACCAUUGAUACCUAUGGACGUCGUGCACUGCUCCUCUUCACGUUUCCAAACAUCACUGCGCAUCUUGCAUUGAUUGCAUUGUUUAUAUACUUGUUCGACGCCUUUUAUUCUCCUGGUGAGGGCCCAGUUCCGUUCACGUACUCUGCCGAGGUCUUUCCCCUAUCGCACAGAGAGUUCGGCAUGUCAUGGGCGGUCUGCACAAACAACUUUUGGGCUACUGUUGUGUCUUUGACCUUCCCACGCCAUUUGCGAGCAUUUGGGCCUACGGGCACGUUCGGUUUCUACACAGGCAUGAACGCUCUUGCUUUCGUGAUGAUCUUUCUCUGGCUCCCGGAAACGAAGCAGAAAUCGCUCGAGGAACUAGAUUAUGUUUUUGCUGUACCCACGCGCACUCAUAUGGCGUAUCGAGUGAAGACCGUCUUACCUUACUGGUUUAAGACAAGAGUCCUGCGUCACAAAGGGCUUGUAUUUCUUUAG